AUGAGGGCUCUGCUGCUCCUGGGGGUCCUGCUGGUGAGCCUGGAGUCAGCGGUUUUGACUCCACCUUGGAAAGCCCCCAAGCAGCAUAAGUUCAUAGAGAGUGAGCACACAGUGGUUCUCACUGUCACUGGGGAGCCCUGCCACUUCCCCUUCCAGUACCACUGGCAGCUGUAUCACAAAUUUAUCCACAGAGGCUGGCCCGGCCCCGACCCUGGUAAGACUACCCCGGAAGGGUUGGAGCAGAGGUGUGCUACCACCCCCAACUUCAAGAAGGAUCAGCGAUGGGCAUACUGCCUGGAGCCAAAGAAAGUGAAAGAUCACUGUAGCAAACACAAACCCUGCCAGAAAGGAGGGACCUGUGUGAACAUGCCAAAUGGCCCACACUGCAUCUGUCCAGAUCACUUCACUGGGAAGCACUGCCAGAGAGAGAAGUGCUUUGAGCCCCAGCUUCUUUGGUUCUUCCAAGAGAAUGAAAUAUGGCACAGGCUUGAGCUGGCAGGUGUAGCCAAGUGCCAGUGCAAUGGUCCGAAUGCCCAGUGCAAGCCACUGGCCAGCCAGGUCGGCCGUACCAACCCAUGUCUCACUGGGGGCAGCUGCCUACAGGCGGAGGGCCACCGCCUGUGCAGUUGCCCCACGGGCUACUACGCUGGACGCUUGUGCGAAGUGCACCACAAGGCGAACUGCUACGACGACCGCGACCACGGGCUCAGCUACCGCGGCGUGGCCCGGACUAAGCUCUGGAGUGCACCCUGUCAGCCGUGGGCCUCCGAGGCCACCUACUGGAAUGUGACCGCCGAGCAAUCGCUGAACGGGAGACUGGGCGACCACGCCUUCUGCCGGAACCAGGACAACGACACCCGCCCGUGGUACUUUGUUUGGAGAGGCGACCGACUAAGCUGGAAUUAUUGCCGCCUGGCACAAUGCCAGGCCCCAGCCGGCGGCGCCCCACCUCCUCCGAUCCGGAUCUCAUCUGGGCACCAGUACUUCCCUUUGCCCUCGCUUUCGGCUUUGCAGAAACCUCAGUCCACGACCCAGACCCCGCUUCGACCCCUGACCUCAGGCUGGUGCUCGCCGCCCGAGCAGCGGACUCCCCUGCCCAGCGCGGGCCCGGCGGGCUGUGGACAGUGGCUCCACAAACGGCUGUCCUCGCUGAGCCGUGUCGUCGGGGGACUGGUGGCGCUCCCCGGGGCGCACCCCUACAUCGUCGCGCUGUAGCAGGGCCAAAAUUUCUGCACCGGCAGCCUCAUCGCCCCCUGUUGGGUGCUGACCGCGGCUCACUGCCUGCAGAACCGACUUGCGCCAGAGGAGCUGCCAGUGGUGCUCGGCCAGGACCGCCAUAACCAGAGCUAUGAGCAGUGCCAGACGCUGGCCGUGCGCGCCUACCCCCUGCACGAGGCCUUCUCGCGUUAUACCUACCAGCAUGACCUGGCUCUGGUGUUCCUGCAGGAGAGCGCUGAAGGCUGCUGCGCGCACCCGUCGCCUUUCGUUCAGCCAGUGUGCCUGCCGAGUAGCGCCGCCCUCCCGGCCGAAUCCGAAUCCGCGCUCUGCGAAGUGGCCAGCUGGGGUCACCAGUUAGAAGGUAGGCAGAAAUAUUCCAGCUUCCUGCAGGUGCCGCUCAUCCGUCCGGAGCGCUGCUCCGCCCCCGACGUGCACGGAGCCGCCUUCUCCCCUGGCAUGCUCUGCGCUGGCUUCCUCGAGGGUGGCACUGACGCGUGCCAGGGUAACUCCAGGGGCCCUCUGGUGUGUGAGGAUGAGACCGCAGAGCGCCAGCUCAUCCUGCGAGGCAUCGUCAGCUGGGGUUCAGGUUGCGGCGACCGCCACAUGCCAGGCGUAUACACCGACAUGGCCAACUACCUAGCCUGGAUCCGGGAGCACACCGCUUCCUGA